GAUGAAGAAAAUAUUGGUGCUAAUCUCACCGAUGAAAUGUAUCAGGGUGUGUAUCAUGGUUCAAAGAAACAUGAACCUGAUCUGGACAAAGUUAUGCGCCGCGCGUGGGACAAUGGUAUGGAUAAAAUGAUUAUAACUGGAGGAAGUUUAAAUGACAGCAAAAAAGCAAUUGAUUUGGCCAACAGUGACUCAAGACUCUUUGCAACUGCAGGAUGUCAUCCAACACGAUGUACGGAAUUUGUAGCAGACCCUGAUAAUUAUCUCAAUGCACUAAGAGCACUUAUAAAGGAGAACCAUGACAAAGUUGUUGCAAUAGGAGAGUGCGGUCUAGAUUAUGACAGGCUGCAGUUUUGUGAUAAGGAGGUACAAUUAAAAUAUUUCGAGUUUCAACUAAAGCUGAGUCGUGAAUUCAACCUUCCACUAUUUCUUCACUGCCGCGCGGCUGCUGAUGACUUAGUAGAUAUACUGCAGAGAAACAAAGAAGACAUUGUUGGAGGUGUGGUUCAUUCAUUCGAUGGAACCAUAGAGGCAUUGGAAAAGAUUCUUGCUUUAGAUCUAUAUAUUGGAAUCAAUGGAUGUUUCAUUUAA